AUGGGCGCUAUUCCAGACGACUAUCUGGAAAGAGUCUAUGCCGGAGUUCUAGGCAAAAUCAUUGACCGACUUGGACCCAUCCACUACUACGUGCAUGAGAAGUUUGGUUUGCCCUGUGUUGUUAUCGACGAUGACAUAUCAGGAACCUUCACGUUCGUGAGAGCGCUAGAGGAACACGGCUUGGACAUUUCGCCUGCUGAUGUGGGUAAGACGUGGCUGAACAACGUGAUCGAGAAGAGGAACGUCUUCUGGUGGGGUGGCAACGGGAUCAGCACAGAACAUACGGCCUACCUCAAUCUCAAAAAGAAAGGCAUUCCAGCGCCAGAAAGUGGCUCAAUUAAGGUCAACGGCCUUACGGUAGCUGAGCAGAUCGGCGCUCAGAUCUUCAUCGACGGGUUUGGGCUCAUCGCUCCCGGCAAUGCCGGACUGGCUGCACGUCUGGCAACGGCAGCGGCCAGAGUAAGUCACGAUGGCGAGGCAGUUCACGCUGCUGUGUUAUGGGCGGCUAUGGAAGCAGAGGCUUUUGUCUCGAAGGACGUCGACCACCUUCUGGACACAGGGCUAUCCUUCGUACCAUCGGGUUGUGCUAUAGCUCGGCUCAUAACGGAAAUACGUUCCUGGACCAAGCAAGACAAUGACUGGCACAAGACUCGCCAGAAAAUAGAUGACUACCACGGCUACCACAAAUACUCAGGUAUCUGUCAUGUGAUGCCAAACCACGGUAUCAUGAUAAUGGCAUUACUGUACGGCGGCCAUGACUUUGAUCUGGCGAUGCACAUCAUCAACACUAGUGGCUGGGACACCGACUGCAACUCAGGCAACUUGGGAUGUCUAGUAGGAAUUAUGCUGGGCCUGGAUGGCUAG